AUGCCGUCCGCAUACAAGAGCAAGGGCAAAGGUCGCGACGCGCGCCAAUCGCGAAGCCGCAACACCACCCCGUCCACCGCGAGCGCACCCACGGCCGCAGCAUCAUCAAUUCCCAGCUACCUCGACAAUGAUGUGACCAAGCAGAUUGAUGUAGCCAAUACCGAGUAUACGGAUUUGCUCGAAUUGGUGGCCGGACCGAACAUUCCCGACUCUAAGACCCUCGAAAGGCUGGUGGAACACCUCAAGUCCCUCAGUGAUAUGGCAGAUGUGCGUGGCGAGACAUUUAAUGCUGGAAUGCGUGAGAUGUCCCAAAAACGCAAAGAGGUGGUCGAUGACCAAGAGCUUGAGCGAGAGGUGGGAGAACGCUCGAAGCUGAAGCGCGAGACGGAGGAUGACGACGAUGUGCCCAAGGGAGGGAAGUUAAAGAAGCGCAAGGAGCGCGCCAGUGCAAAGGAUGAGCGCCCGUUGAGCCACGGCGCGCAUGAUGUCGCUCGGCAGGAUGGAGCUGAGACGAAGGUCGAGGGAGCUGCUUCCCCAGUUUCGAAACACUCUAAAAAUGCAGCCUCCGAAGGCAGUUCAUCUCUGUCGCCACCAUCCAUGUCACCGAACGGCGCAACUAUGAAAGAUGAAGGUGCUACCGGACCUGGCUCUCCCGGCUCCGAGUCCGCCGCCGAAUCCCACCAGCCUGAACCCACACCGGCAGUACCCCAGGUGCAAGUCUUUGGAGCAAAUCCAUUGAAAUUCGAUGAUCCGACUGUUUACCAUAUCCGUGAUGUCCUACCAGAUAUGACCGACGACGAGAAAAAAGAGAUUUACAGUGUGGCUCGCUUCCCUAAAACUGAUCUCAAGGACUUGAUGGCGGGUACGCCUCCGGACAAGGACUUCAGCAACGCCAAACCUUCCAACCAGGUCAGCGCCAAUACGUUCCAGGCAUACAUUGAUCCUUACGUUCGGCCUCUUACCGAAGAAGACAUUGCUUGGCUCAGAGAGAGGGUAAGAUGCGCCGCUUACAUUGGUGCAGCGCAGGAUACUAAUUGGACACAGGGCGAUCGCGUGACCCCUUUUAUAAAUCCGCGUCGGGGAAAGAAGAACUACCGUCAGAUCUGGUCCGAGGAAGACGGACUUUCUUAUGACCAAAGCCAAGACGACAAGGACCAGCUACCUCUAAACCAAGGACGUGGCAGCAUUGAGCAACUGACGGACGAUAAGGCGGAAACCAACGAAGUCUCGAUCGGGCCAUUACUCAGUCGACUAUGCUCCCUCCUCCGGUACGAGCAUCGCACUCUGCCGGACGACAAUCCUACCUCUAAUGGCGACACCUCCGGAGCAGGCGGCCUGGGGGGUGAUGCGAUGGAUAUUGAUGGCACGAACGGAGAGCUAGAGACCAAGACCGAGAGCAAGCCGCACCCUCCGGCAACAGCCUUCCGGGACGCCGACCCGAAUGGGUUCAAAACAUCCGUGGCCAAGCUCGACCACGCCCAACUGGAUGAGCGCGCAAAAGCCGAGCUACGAUACAUUGGGUUCUUGGGUGCAGAUGACAACCCGGACUACGACGCACAUUACGACGACGAAGUUGCCGAGCGCCUCCGUCUCCUUCAGAACGAGCUCAAGAAACAGAUCAUUACCAACAACGCGCGCAAGGCCCGCAUCCUGAAGAUCGCGCAGGAGCACAUGGCGCUUCUGGAAUUCACUACCAUCCAGGACGACCUUGACUCCCAAGUCCAGCAGGCCUAUCUCAAACGUACCCGCACCAUGGGCAAGAGCAAGAAGGGCUCCCAGGCAAAGCACCGCCCGGGUGGUGCCGGUGGAGGUAGCCACAUUGCCAGCGCGGGCAUUUCUCGCCCCGCUGUCGGAGACGCCGCAAAGAUCGUGAUGGACCGGCGCAAGCGCUGGGGUGAUGCUUUCCGACCUAUCUUUGAAGACAUCAAAACCACUAUCCCUACUGCUGGGGAGACGAUUUUCGACACAGCAACCAUGAAUGAAUAUGAAAAGGCGGAAUUGGAAGCCUGGGAUGAAGAAUAA